AAAUUAUUCAUAAACCUCAGACUCAGUUUGAACCUGAGUUAAGCAAGACCACAUACCAGACCCGAUUACAGAGUAGGGAGGAUCAGGAAACUCAAGUAUCCCAAAACGGAGAAGUAAACGAAGACCCAAAAAAGAACAUGAAAAUUUUGAGGGAUAUUAGUCGACGCACCAACCUCACCAGCAGAAAAACCCUAGUUUCUGCAACUGCUACACUUCUCAACAACCUAGGGUUAAACAGAGGCCUCUGUACAUACUCGGAAGAUCCGGAACUGAAAGAGUUCCUGGAUUACUUGGGCAAUCUCAAGAACUUCGAGAAGUCCGGUGUCCCCAAAGGCGCAGGAACGGAUUCCAAUGAUGGGUUUGAUCUGGGAAGGAUGAGACGGUUGAUGGAACUACUCGGUAACCCUCAAUCCAAGUUCAAGGCUGUUCACAUUGCUGGAACCAAAGGAAAAGGAUCUACUGCUGCAUUUCUCUCCAAUAUUUUACGUGCAGAAGGGUAUUCUGUAGGUUGCUAUACCAGCCCGCAUAUACAGACUAUCAGGGAACGUAUAUCAUUUGGAACAUCAGGUGAGCCCCUUUCGGCGAAGGCACUGAAUCGUCAUUUCCAAAGUAUUAAAGAGACUCUUGACCAGGCAGUGGAACUUGAAAAUGGCUGUAUCAGUCAUUUUGAGGUUAUGACUGCUGUAGCAUUCAACUUUUUUGCUCAAGAGAAGGUUGAUAUUGCAGUUAUUGAGGCUGGGUUGGGCGGAGCACGUGAUGCAACUAAUAUCAUUUCUAAUUCUGACCUCGCGGUUUCAGUCAUAACAACAAUUGGUAAGGAACAUCUGGCCGCACUUGGGGGUACUUUGGAGAGCAUUGCAAUGGCAAAAUCAGGAAUAAUCAAACAGGGCCGCCCACUGGUGCUGGGCGGGCCAUUCCUUCCGCAUAUUGAGCGCAUUCUUCGUGAUAAAGCAUCCUCCAUGUGUUCCCCUGUAGUAUCAGCAUCUGAUACUGGAAACAGAAGUACUAUAAAAGGCUAUAGCAAAUUAUUUAGCAGACCUAGCCAAUCUUGUGAUGUAGUAAUUCAAAUUGAGAAGGACCUUAAGUUGUUCAUUGAAUUGUUUGAUGUGACAUUAUGCCUUCUUGGAACUCACCAACUUCAAAACGCUGCAACUGCCACAUGCACAGCACUCUGUCUUCGUGAUCAAGGGUGGAGAAUUUCAGAUGGAUCUAUUCGUGCUGGUUUGGAGAAUACAUAUUUGCUUGGGAGAUGCCAAUUUUUAACAUCUCAUGAAGCUGAGGCAUUAGGAUUACCUGGUGCAACCGUAAUGCUCGAUGGAGCUCAUACCAAGGAAUCUGCCAAAGCUUUGGUGGACACACUUCAGAUGACAUUUCCGGAAGCAAGAUUGGUUUUUGUUGUUGCAAUGGCAAGUGACAAAGACCAUUUAGCUUUUGCUAGAGAACUACUUUCAGUGAAACAAUUGGAGGCUGUCUUUCUGACAGAAGUUGACAUUGCUGGGGACAAGUCUCGAAUGACUUCUGCUUCUCUCCUAAAGGGUUGCUGGAUUCAAGCUACUAAAGAGGUGGGUAUUGAUAUUCUUGAUCAUGGAAUUGUGGAAUAUCAGAAGUGGUUCGAGGAUCAGCCAGUUCACUCAGAAGGGGAAUCAGAAUGUAAAACCAUAUUAUCUGCCGAGACUUCAUUAAUCGAUUCCAUGAGGAUUGGGAAUCAGAUUCUCAGAGCAAGAACAGGGGAUCAAUCAGGUGUCAUUGUAGUUACUGGAUCUCUGCAUAUUGUCUCAAUGGUGUUGGGCUCUAUCUCUAAAGGGUAAAUAGCUGUUAACCAUGAACCUAUUUGUACUUUUCUGACCCCUUUUUCACCAGGGAAAUUAGGUUUUGUGGUUGUCACUGCCUUUCUGCUUGAGUAUUACAUUUUUAUUAUAUUUCUUUAAUAUGUAAAAGCAGGAAAUUUCAUUACCAUAAACUA